AUGUCUGUCUCCAAGAACCUAUACGAAAUCCUCGGCAACGUGGAGGAGGACUCCAACAAGGUCAUUGUGACCAAGGAGCUCACCAAGAACUCCGGCUCUUCCAAGAAGAACGCCGCCCCCAAGGACCCCGGCGCUGCCAUCGGUGCUUCCAAGAAGUCCAACCAGCCCCUGCGGGACCAGAACCGGUCCAAGUCCACCGAGCCCCAGGCUGAGAAGAAGGGCAAGCCUGCCCGAAACCCCCGACCUGACCGACGAUCCCAGACCGGCAAGUCCGACUCUGCCAAGAAGGUUGGCAAGGGAUGGGGCGACUCCAAGGGCAAGCUCGCUGACGAGAAGGCCGGUGACGCCAUCGCCACCAAGGACGAGGCCGAGCCCGAGACCCCCGUCGAGGCCCCUGUUGAGGAGCCUGACAACACCAAGACUCUGGAGGAGUACCUUGCCGAGCAGAAGGCUGCCACCGCCAAGCUUGCUUCCGGCCGAUCUGUCCGACAGGCCAACGCCGGCGCCGAGUCCAAGUACUCCGAGGCUUCCAAGCUCGACAAGGACGAGGUUGCCGAUCUCGUUGCCGGCACCAAGGCCAAGAACGUGCGAACCCGAGCCCGAAAGGAGAAGGUUCUGCUCGAGAUUGAGCCUGCCUUCCCCGCCAACCGAGAGUCUCGAGGUGACCGAUCCGACCGAGCCCCCCGAGAGAACCGAGGUGGCCGAGACGGCAAGCGAGGUGGUGACAAGAAGGGUUUCCGAACCCAGGAGCGAAAGGCUCCCUCCGUCAACCUCUCUUCCGCCUCUGACUUCCCCGCCCUUGGCGCCUAA